AUGUCAUCAUCAUCAUCAUCAUCAUACGAUUCCAAUCCUUUUUUACAUGCUAAUAUUUUUUCUCGAUUUUUUCAUCAUUGGGUAUCUCCUUUAUUAAAAAAAAGUCGUAAAAAUGGUGUAUUACAUUUAAAUGAUCUUUAUGAUCUACCACCUCAUCUUUAUUCAACAGAACUUACUGAUAAACUUGAAAAAAAUUGGUUUGAUGAAGUAAAACGAUGUCCUGAUAAUCCAAGUCUUAUUCGAGUAACACUACGUACAGUAGGAUGGAAACCAUUUGCUCAAAGUAUUCUUUUAUUUUUAAAUGGAUUACUUCAAAUUAUUCAACCAUUGAUUUUAACAGUACUCAUGGGCUUCUUUGAACCGUGUUCUUCGAUGCCCUCAUGGCAUGCUUGGCUUCUUGCUUUUGCAACAAUUAUUGCUGCAUUAAGCUCAAGUCUUAUUGUGAAUGAGUAUGUUCAUAGAAUUGAUAUAUAUGCUAUGCAAAUUUUUAUAGCUUAUACAGGUUUGAUUUAUCGUAAAGUACUUCGAUUAUCACUUUAUUCAAUGAAUAGUAUUACUUCGGGAGAGAUUACUAAUUUAUUAGCAAAUGAUGCAAAUCAAGUUCAAUUCGUAGCAGUUUUUAUGAAUCAUUUGUGGAUUGCACCUAUACAAGUCAUUCUUGUUAUUUUUGUAUUCUGGUAUUUUGUGAAAUAUAUUGCUUUUAUUGCUAUUGGAUAUACUGUCUUUCUUCUACUUAUUCAACCAUUAUACAGUCGUAUGUUUGUUUCUAUACGCACAAAAAUUCUUCAAAUAACUGAUGAACGUUUAAAAAUAAUGUCUGAAAUAAUUAAAUCAAUGCGUAUUGUAAAAAUGUAUUGUUGGGAAACAGCAUUUAUUCAAAAAAUUUGUCUCAUAAGAAAACGGGAAAUUAUUCAAUAUACUUUCUAUGCUAUAUGCGAUUGUAUUCAACUUAUAUUUUCAUAUAAUUAUACUACGUUAAUUUUUCUAAUGAUGUAUGGUACAAUGUGGUCAUUAAAUAUAAGAUUGGAUACACGUUUCUUUGCUAUAUCUUCUUGUUUAUUGGGUUUUAUGAGAGUAUAUUGUAUUGAUUUCUUUUCAAAUGCUAUUCGUGAUCUUUCAAAUUAUUUAGUUGCUAGAAAACGAAUUGAGAUUUGCAUAAUUAAUAUAUAUAAAUUUUUAUUACUUGAUGAAUGUGAACGAGAUACUCGAUUAUUAUCAUCAUCUCACUUAGAAAUUUCAUCAUCGAAUAAGAUAGAAAUAAUUAAUAAUAUUACACAAGAGGUGCAAGUUAAAUGUAAUUUGAAAGAAGCACACUGGGAAAAAAAUGGAGUAUUUAAAUUACAAAAUAUUAUUUUUGAUGCUCAUUCAGGUGAUUUAAUCUGUAUUAUUGGAGCAGUUGGAUCAGGCAAAAGUUCACUUUUACAAACAUUAACAGGUGAAAUUGGUUUUUUCGAAGGGAAAGUACGAUUACAUGGAUCAUUUUGUUAUGUACCACAAGAAGCUUGGAUCUUUUCGUCAACAAUAAAAAAUAAUAUUCUUUUCGGCAAAGAAUACAAUCAUAAACUAUUUCAACGUGUUAUACAAGCUACAGCACUUGACACCGAUUUGGAUCAACUAUCUCAAGGCGUUAAUACUCUUGUUGGUGACCAAGGUGUUAUGUUAUCUGGCGGUCAAAAAGCACGAGUAAAUUUGGCGCGAGCACUUUAUCGCAAUGCUGAUAUUUACCUAUUAGAUGAUCCUUUAUCUGCUGUUGAUGUUAAAGUAUCUAAACAUCUUUUUGAAAAAUCAAUCCAACAUUAUCUUUGUGAUAAAAUAUGCAUUUUAGUUACUCAUCAAAUACAGUUUUUACAAGAUGCAACUAAAAUUAUUGUUCUUGAUCAAGGUAAAAUGAUACAAAUGGGUACCUACAAUGAAUUAAUUUCUUCAUCAUCUUCGUUUGCUCAUCUACUAGAAGAUAUAAAUCAACAAGAACAACAACAAAUUGCAGCGAAUAUUCAACAGCAACAAUCCAUAAUUAGUUCAAUCUAUUCUGAAAAAGAGGAUGAAGAUGAAGCUACGAGUAAUAUUGAUACGAAACAACAAGGUGCAAUUAAAUGGACUGUGUAUACUUCCUAUAUAAAAGCUGGUCUUGGUUGUGUUUUCGGUUCUUUCUUUAUUCUAUUUCUUUUAACUGCAUAUCAAGCAACAUUUAUGUAUAGUAGUUGGUGGAUAGCAACAUGGAGUGAUGAUGAAAGUCAUCGAUAUAGAAAUUAUAAUCAAUGUAUAUCAACUACUAUUGAAAACAGAAGUCAUUUAUAUUUGAUGAGUGAUAAUGAAUGGAAUGUAUAUCGUAAUCAAAAAUUUUACAGUUAUUGUGGAAUUAUUAUACUACUAUUAAUAUUAACUUUUUUGCGUACUUUUGCAUUAGAAUUAAUGUGUUUAAAUGCUGGACGAGUACUUCAUAAUAAAAUGUUUCGACGUGUUAUUCGUUGUCCUAUAGCAUUUUUUGAUACAAAUCCUAUUGGUCGAAUUUUAAAUCAUUUUACUAGAGAUAUUCUGAUCAUGGAUACUGAUAUAGUAAUGGAUGUUCCAGAUUUUUUGAAUUGUUUGAGUGCAGUAUUAGGAACAGUUAUUUUAAUUGGAUUACUUAAUCCAUGGGCUUUUAUUCCAGCUUUUAUAGGAAUUAUUGGAAUGUUAAUUGUACGUUAUCGUUUUGCUCGAUGCUUUCGUGAUUUAAGACGAAUUACAGAAAUAACACGAAGUCCACUAUAUUCAUAUUUAUCUUCAACAAUUCAUGGAUUAAAAGUUAUUCGAUCAUAUCAUGCUGAACAAAUGUGUUCACAACAAUUUCUUUCAUAUCUUGAUCAGAACAUUCGGGCUGAUUAUUUAACUAAAGUUGUUGAAAGAUGGGCGGCCAUACGUUUUGAUUGGACAUCCUUUACAUUUCUCGCUCUCGUUACAUUAUGUUCUAUGCUUGUACGCAUUUAUAAACAAGAAUUAUCAACUGCUGAUAUUGCACUUACUCUGUCUUAUAGUCUUAAUUUAAUGGGACUUUUUCAAUGGACAAUAAGACAAUCAGUAACAGUUGAAACUCAUAUGACAGCUGUUGAACGAAUCUUAGAAUAUUGUUCACUUGAACAAGAACCAUCUGUACAACUUUCAUUGAACAAUCGACUAUCAAAUAAUUGGCCAUCACAUGGUCAAAUUGUAUUUCGAAAUGUAUCGAUGUCAUAUUCAAACGAUGAUAAGACAUCACUUGUUUUACGCAAUAUAACAAUAACAAUUCAAAGUGAAGAAAAAAUAGGUAUUGUAGGAAGAACUGGUGCAGGAAAAAGUUCUUUAAUUCAAGUACUUUUUCGUAUGGGUCUACUUGUUAACGGUCAAAUUGAAAUCGAUAAUAUUGAUAUAUCAACAAUUCCAUUAGAUGAUCUUCGAAGUCGAAUAUCUAUUAUUCCACAAGAUCCAGUUCUUUUUACAGGUACAAUUAGAAAUAAUCUUGAUCAAUUUGAUAAUUAUACUGAUCAACAAAUAUGGAAUGCAUUAGAUCAAGUACAAUUAAAAACAUUAGUAAAUGAUACUAUGUCAAAUGGAUUAGAUUCAUUAGUUAGUGAAAAUGGUUGUAAUUUAAGUGUUGGACAAAAACAAUUAAUAUGUUUAGCAAGAGCAAUUUUAAAACAAAGUAAAAUUCUUGUCAUUGAUGAAGCAACAGCUAAUGUUGAUAAUGCUACUGAUGAGUUAAUUCAACAAGCUAUUCGAGAUAAAUUCAAGGAAUGUACUGUAUUAACAAUAGCACAUCGUUUGAGAACAAUCAUUGAUAGUGAUCGAAUUUUGGUAUUGGGAAAUGGAGAAGUACUUGAAUUUGAUACACCAUCUUCGUUAUUAGCUAAUUCAAAUUCGUAUUUUGUUUCAUUAGUGGAACAAACUGGUUUAAAUGAAGCUGAAUAUCUUCGAACAUUAGCAAAUCGAACGAAUACGAAAAUGAAAUCGGUAACACAAAAAACAAUUAGUGAUGAUGAUGAUAUUAUACCAAUAAUGAACGAGAAUGAUCCUCUUUUAGUGUAA